AUGGUGCCCUAUCUGAGCAAGUAUUUGUACUCGACAUCUUCCAAGGUCACCAAAGGGGAGAGAGACGUGGUCCAAGCUUUCGCAAUAGCCCAGCAGCAGCAGAAGGAGCCGAAGGAGAAAGAGCGCACCGAGAGGGCAAACACCAGUAUCAGCGCCUUCUGCGGUCCACAGGUGACAUUGGCAGCAACCACACCUCUACAGCCCGCCCGCGACCAUUCUCAACUGUUAACACCGCUGAGCCACGCCCGCGACAGCAACCCAUGCGCAUCCAGGCCCACUCCUGAAGCUCUGAAGACCAGGCUCAGUUGGUAUCCGGCGACCAAGUACGCACUGCGCAGUACCUACCUUACACAUCGAGACAACGACAACAGCGACGACUGCUUCCACCAGAACUAA